GCUCCUCCUCCUCCUCGCUGUGGUGUGUUUUCUCUUCAUGUACAGAACAGAAACCGGAGUUGGAGCUGCUUUAGUUUGCUGUUGAUCAUCAUGUCGAGUUCCCGCACAAUGCAGUACAUCGGCCUCCUGCUGCUCGCCGCCAUCCUGCUGCAGACCAUCGCUGUGGCCGUCACCUUCAUCUACUUCAGCAAUGUUCUGAACACGAUGAAGGAGACUUUUUCCAAAAGCAGUGUGUCGUGUCUGAUGCGCUCGAACCUGCGCACACUGAAAGGUUCUGAUCCGAGCAGUUCGGAGGGAAAAGACGACCCCUGCUGGCAGGUCACACAACAGCUUCACUUCCUCAUCGAGAAGUCGAUGUCUAAUCGCUACCAGGAAGAAAUCUCCUCAGCAGUUAAAGAUGAAGUGACCCGAGUUCUUCCCUCACUGGCGGUUCAGGACCAGGACGCUGCCUCACGGCCUAAGAUUGCUGCCCACGUCACGGGCAGUUACACUCAGGACUCAGACAAGGAUGUUGGAGGUGCCUCCAACAGGAAGGUGUAUGGCCAAAAAAUCCAGUCGUGGGAAUCUGAGAAAGGUCUGGCCUUCCUCCAGAACGUGGAACUGAACGAUGGAGAGCUGGUGGUGCCGCAGCCCGGACUGUACUACAUCUAUUCUCAGACGUAUUUCAAGCACACGCUUAUAGAGGAAGAGGAAGAAGAAGAGGAACACGAGGAAGACGAGGGUGCAGCCAGGGGAAAGCCCAUGCUGCAGUAUGUAUAUAAAAAAGUGGGAUCUUAUCCGGUGCCGAUCUUACUGAUGAAGAACGCAAGGACGACCUGCUGGUCCCGGGAUGCUGAGUUCGGCCUGUACUCCAUCUACCAGGCGGGACUUUUCCAGCUUGGAGGCGGAGACAGGCUGUUUGUAACUGUCAGUAACGUGAGCACCAUUGAAAUGGACGAGAAGUCAAGCUUUUUUGGUGCUUUCUUGGUCAGUUAGGUCCAACAUACUGCAAGAGGAAGAGUUUUUUUUACUGCUCAGUGGUUCCUGUGAUUCAGGACUCGGCUUGUUUUGUACUGUGCUCUCUUUGGAUCGCUGCCCGACAUCAACCUGACAUCACUCUGAGGAAAAAAACCCAUCAUUCAGGAGUCAGAAACACAUCAAGAGUCUGAGAUGAAGCUGAAUUCCGUCUACUUGAGACACAGGAACUGAGAAACGCUCAGCAGGUUGGGGAUAAAACCGACCGGUCGCAGAGAAACACCACGUUUUCUAUCCUGCGGACAGACGGAGAGAAAUUCCUGCACUCUGUAUAUCUGUAACUCAUAACAUUAAAGAAUUAGAUGAUUUUUCAUUUACUGAGAAACUGAACAUUCUGGUUUUGCUCUGACGUCAUCGGACAAUGACGUAUUGUGGCAUAUAAUGUAAUAUUUUCUGCCUUUAAAACUGAAUUUGUGAGAAAACUUCUGGAUAAAAACAGCUCAGAUUUCUUCUUUACUUUCGUUCACGUGUUUUUUUACACAACUUCCUUAUGAACUUUCAGCAUUUUCACUGCAGUGGUGUUUGUUUUAUUUAUGGAUAAAUCUGUGGAUGAUGAACGUGAGCAUCUGUGAGUUUAAACAGAAAUCAGCUGUGUAAAUUUAUUAAUCAUUUUUUACUCCAUUGACAGAUUUUAAAGCCUUUGCACUGAAUAAAGUCUCGAGUUUAAAAAGUU